AUGGCAACGAAUAGCAGUAGCAACACCGGAAAGAAGCAUCCCCGCAAUGAGGUGGAUCUUACUGGUGAGGAGGAAGAUGAGGAGGACGACAAAAAGCCCACUGCACUGCCACGAGAUACUCGUUCCAUGUCCAAUGCAAAAGCACCGGAUAGGCUCUUUCGUACAGACUCUGAGAUGGCCAUGGCUCUCUUUGAGAGCGAAGCAGAUGAACGGCCUCGCAAACGAGCAGCUCGCAUGCCAACCUCUGGACAUUGCGGCUUUACAUGCUCCAUUUGUCUGAAUGAUGAGAUUGAGAACGUGGAACAUCAGACGUAUUCGCUUGCAAGUUGCAAACAUACAUUCUGCUUUGUGUGCCUAGAGCAAUUGGUUCAGACAUCCAGCGCUGUCGGUACUGCCACUGCCCAACCAAUCCCUUGUCCAAUGACUACCGGUACAGCAAAGUGCUCGCAAUCUUUGACACUGGGAGAUAUCCAGACAAUCUUGCAGUACAGCCCCAAGAGUCUGUCACUCUACUCUGAAGCUUCCAGUAUGGCAUUCUUGGAGGAUCAAGUCGCAAAAGGCAACGCUCGUCGCUGUCCCAACAAGCAUUGUAACUUCACAUUUGAAUAUGAACCAGAAGUUCUCCCGGUCGCUGCAGCCGCCAAAAACAACGUGGCAGCCAAGAAAAGAGGUGCCACUGCAAAGAAAGGAAAGGGGUCCAAGAAAGCGGUUGACAAGAAGAAGGCCCAACCAAAGGUGUAUCCCAAUGGCUGUUACUUCAAGUGCCUAGAGUGCAACUCUAGCUAUUGCUUGGACUGUCCGGCAAAUGAAGGAAGAGUUGGUCCUCCUCACAAAGGAAAGUGCGACGAACGAGUCAAGGUGCUCAAUAUGACCGCGAAGGAGAGAAAGCAAUUGAAGGCUUGGGAAAAGAUCAACGCAGAAGCUGACGGGCGCUUUCGAGCGUUGUUGAAACGUGAGUCAAAGAGUGGGAAGACCAAAGCUUGCCCAAAGUGCUUUCGUUUGAUUACAAAGAACAAAGGAUGCGAUCAUAUGGUUUGUACUGGAUGCAAAAAGCGCUUCAACUGGUCUUCAGCUCCCCGUUUCCAGGGCUAG